AGUCACCGCAGUACUAGAGAUCAUGCGCGGAUCCUGUUCCGACGUUUGAUUGCUACCUACAAGAAGCAUCGGCUUCAUCCCCAUGGUAUCCUCCUCUUCUUCUUCCUCCACCCCGCCCGCCGGCGGGUCCGCCGGUUCUUCCGCCGAGCCACCCGAAAACCCGCUCGCCCCCGGCACGGAGUUCGGCGACAUCCUGCAGCACGCGUGCAAGAUUAUGCAUUGCAAAAAUGUCUGGGCCUGGAAGGUUGGAACAUGUGAUGCUAAACCUGAAUCACGCAAAAAUCUGUGUUGCAUGAUUUUGAUUACCAAACGCUGUCCACUCUUGAUCAAGUUGAGAGUGAGCUUCUCAUGCAGGAUAGGCAUGAUAGUGAUCUCACGGAAUCUGUCGUGCUAGGUCCUCCAUUACAGAUCGUAUGGGUCAUGGAAAACCUGCAUGACACGUCGCGCAAAGUCCCAGACGCAGACACUUUUGCAUUUGAUAAAGAUCAAGGGCGAGCAAAUGACGGAGAAGCGGAAACGCUUCGAAUCGCUCCCGCUCUACCUGUAUCAAAUGCAAAAAUGUCUGGGUCUGGAAGAUUGCGAGAUUUGUCAUGCUUGUCUGGCAUGACCAAAAAGUUUGUGAUGCGUGUCCAAGAAGAGCAAGAGACCCUUUUGCCUGUCAUGCAACAACGCAGUUUGUCACGCGAAAAACGCAACACAAAGAAGCGCAGAUAUUUCUCAUGCUUGCCUGUGCAUUACAGGGCGUUCACUAUUCCCAACGCAGCAUUACAAGUUUCCAGACCCAGACAUUUUUACAGUUGGUAACCUGCAGCACACGCUAUUUUUCGGGGAACGGAAGGAGAUGCGGGAAAUGCGUAUUACAAUGAAAAACGCACCCACCCCCGAACUUGGGAGCAUUUGUAUUGCAAACCUUUCCAAGUGAAACAUUCGCCGUCUUGCAUCUAUCAGCAUCACAGGUUUCCAAUGGUGAAUAGCAAAAAUUUGUAUUGCCAAAGACCCCAGCAAGAGCGGCGCUUGUCAUGCAAGCGAUGCGAUGCACGCCUAGACUCUGCAUCAGAAAGAUUCAUACUCCUUUCAUGCAUGACAAAAAGUUUUCAUUUGGAAACUUCGCAUCACAGAUUUUUGCUUUUGCAACUUCAGGGGUGGGGGGCACUUUUCACUGUAAUAAUGCGGUUGCUGUCUUUCCAAGACCGGAUGAAGGAAGCGAUGGCGAUGAAGCAGAAGGGGAACGAGUUGUUUUCGCAAAACAACUGUGCCGACGCAGUGCAUGAGUACGAAAAAGCCGCGGGCUUGUUUGCGUGGGUGGAGAGCAGAGAUCCGGCGUGGAAAAACAGCCAAAGAGGCAUUGACGACGAUGUUUUGGUCGUGGUGAUCGCGGGGGAAGAGGAAGAGGAGAAAUUGAAUUCGGGGAAAGCGAGUAGCAGCAGACGCGAAGUUUUCCUCCGGUCGGACGAGUACUUCGAGUUGGUUUCGACGUCGUGUAAGAAUCGAAACGAAGAAGGUAAUAUUUUUGCUGUUUCGCAUGACAAACUCCAGCCGACGUCAAGGUCUAUGUUCCACACCGGCGCGAAUGCGGACAGUGGCCGGGUGAGUGGUGGUAGUCUCGGUGUGAAGCGCAGUGUUGGCGGAGCAUCUUCGUCAACUGCUAAUCAAAACAACCUCGGCCCACGGGAAACGAGCGGAGGAAGUAGCAGCAGUAGCAGUGCAUGCCCUUCUUCUUCGGUUCUAAACUCGGCGACAUCCUCUUCGCAGGGCAGCCCGACUACUACUACCGCAUCGGAGUUCCGCGAAACCUGCGCUCUCAACAUCGCCGCCUGCUAUUUGAAAUCCGGGCAGUACUACGACUGCAGGCUGGUCUGCACCGCGAUUUUGCAGCAGAUGAACCCGAGUUGCGUGAAAGCGCUGUACCGGCGGGCGCAGUGCCACGUGGCCAGUCCGGGGUCAGGCAGUGUGGAGAUCGACUGUGCAAUCGCAGAUUUGGGGCGGGCGCUAGAAUUACAGCCGGGGUCGAAAGAAGUAUGUAUUUGUUUUUGACAAUGUGAAUGUCACGUUGUUUCUGUCACGCGUUCUUUGCAUGUCAGCACCCCUAGAACGGCUUUUACAUAUGCAACCUGAGCAUGACAAACUCACAUCAAAUCCUCAGAUCCGUGCCCUGUACCAGCGUUGCCGUGAGGAGAAGAAAGAAAUGGACCGGAAGAGCAAGCAAACCUUCAAAGGAAAACUCUUUUCCGCCUCUGCAGCAGACUCGUACGCGGUGAACCGCAAUGAAAAUAGUACAUCUUCGUCCACCAACUUCGACCCGUUACUGCAGAAAGCGCGCGACCGUGCGUUUCAGCAGCAAACAGGAGCAGGCGGGAACAAGGGGGAUCCUAUGACGCAGAAGAUCCACGACGCCAUGCUUCUUCGGGAUUUGUACCAGCGAAACGGGAAGUUUGAGGAGGCGAGAAAACUGGACCAGGAGAUUGAACAGGCGAAGCGGGCGAUGAAACAGGCAAUUGAUUACGCGAACCCGACCCAGGAGAUGAUCGAAGAAGCCAAGCAGUACGGGCUAGAUCUGCUCGAUCCGGUUGUGCAACGGGAGUUACUCGCGGUGCAGGAACGAAGCAGACGGGGAGAGGAGAUUCUAGAUGAAGAAGACUCCGAUACUGUUGGUGGUCAAAGUAAGAAUCUCUCUGGUGGAAUGGGAGCAAAUGCAAGUACUAACCCGGAUUCCAACUGGUGGCGGUACUUCAUUUUCUUCCUUAUCCUCGGCUUCGGCUGGCGGUUUUACGCAACGGGGAUCUACUCGAAGGUGUUUGAGUUGCUCUUUUAUGGCAAAGUGGACUUCUUUGGGGAAGACGGUGGGAAUUACAGGGCAAAUAAUUUUCCUGGAUCUACUUCGGGUGGACCGCCGCCGCGCCAUGGCCAUGACGCGUGGGUAGAGGAUGAUUUGUAGAGACAAUUGAUUCUGUGGGUGCGACGCUUGCGAGCGUGCUGAUGAGUUCUUUGACAUCGCCGGCCACUUUGGCUGUGCCAAGAAUUGAAAGUGAAUGAAAUGAAAUUGGUCUUCGUCUUGGUGCUCUUUGGUUUGAUUUUGCACCCGAACCUACCUGUACCUCUUUGAGCAAGCAUGUGGCCGCAGUGGCAUGUGGACGCGAAGU